AUGCCGAAGACGCCUUCCUCAAGACAAAUGCAUUAUGUGACUCUUUUCGGCCAGGAUGUGCUGUCGUUCGAUGGGAACGUACUCCUGUGUAAGGUGUGCGAGAAGGUGGUCUCUUCGCACAAGAAGUCUUUGGUUAAGCAGCACAUCGAAGGAGCUACACACAAGGCGCUUUGCGAGAAGAAGAAAGAGUCUGGGUCUACGACCGUCGUCCAAAUGAAGUCGUUCCUCGGAGCCACCGGGAAACAGAGUCAAUUUCACGUCGAUCUCUGCGAUGCACUUUUAUCUGCUGACAUACCGCUGCGGAAACUGGACAAUGAAAAGCUCAGUGCUUUCUUGGGAAAAUACUGCAAGCAACACGUCCCUUCAUCAAUCACGUUACGCUUGCACUAUAUCAAGAGCAUAUACGAGGGGAAAAUGGAAUACAUAAGGAGUUUCGAGUUCCUACUCCACGCAGACAAUCUGGAGAAAACCAAUAACUCGACCAUCGCCCAAAGCUUCAUGAAUGCUCUCAAUGUACUUUGGCCAAACGGAGUCCAUCACGAAAGGGUUCUCCUAUUCGUGACGGAUGCUGCGCCGUAUAUGAGGAAGGCUGCGAAUGCCCUACAGGUGCUUUUUCCCCGCAUGAAGCAUGUAACUUGUGCGGCGCAUGCACUGCAUCGAGUAGCGGAGGAAGCCAGAUUGCUGUUCCCCGAAGUUGACAAGCUGGUGUCAAACGGGAAAAGAUAA